AUCCUAGAGCAGCUGGUGAGUUUGAACUGCUGACCUUUUAGUUAGCUGCCAAGCGUUUUAACCACUGUGCUGCCAAGUGCUCCUCACAAAGGCUCUAACCUAGAAAACCUUAUGGGACAGUUCCACUCUGUCAUAUAGGAUCACUAUGAGUCGGAAUCGACUCCAAGCAGCGCACAACAACGUUCAGUUGACCGCAUGCCCUUCUAUUGUCUUUUCUUACUUACUUGCUAUUUAAGUUGGGCCUCUCUGGUCAGGCAGUUGAAAAAUGUUUCAUAUGGGGAUGCUGGAUUUUGUUGGCUCUUAUUUCAACGUCACAGUCAACUUGAGAAACACAACUCAGAACUCACAACUCAGAACUCAUUUAGACAGUGUUUUCAUUGGUGUUAACCUCUGCAGGAGGUACAAAUCUCAGGUGUGCAAGAAAUACUCCUUAAAAAGAAAAAAAAAACAUUAUUUCUAUUGAGUUGGUUGUGCUGAAGUCAUCUCUGACACUGCCCCAAAUUAGUUUAUGCAGUUGUAAAUGUUACGGUAACCAAUGAAGUUGGAGUUUGAGUAUUGUCUUUUUUUUAAAUAGUAUUGCUAUUUUUAUGAAAAGUAAAUGCUUUGGCAAAAAUCUUAAAAAUCAGUGAUAACUCUCUCAGUUUUUAAAAUGCUUUCUAAGUUCUUGUUGUGAUUUAGAGAAACCAAAAUGGAAACUUGUUGAGGAUGCGUUAUGAAUGUGGUUUAUGAAAAAAAGUGAUUUGGAACUUUAGCAGACCUAUCCACAAAAAACCCCAACAAAACAAAACCGUAAAACUCAACUUGACCUUAAACCAAACAUUCAUAUACAUUUAUAUGUUUAAGUUAAAAUACUAAAGUUAUGUGUAUUGGUGUUUUUUAAGUCAUCCUAUUUUCUGACUCUAAAAAGUUAACUCACUAGCCUUUGGAUAUCAUCAGGUAGGAGAGCUUCUAUCUUACACUGAUAAAAUGGAAUACUAUGUGAUCAUUAAACAUUCUGUUUGAAAUUCUAUAUAAUGAUGUACGUUGGUGCUCAUCGUACAUGAUUAAGUGAAAAAAGCAGGUUACAGAAUAGAAUAUAGAGUACCAUUCCAUUUUUGUAAAAAUAUGUUUAGAACAAAGAAGAAUAUAUAACAGAUGUCAACAGUGGGUAGUGGGAUUAUGGCUGUUUUUCUUUAUCUGUAUUUUUAUAAUUGUACUAUAAUAAGCGUGUUUUACUUUUGUAAUAAAAACCAUUUUUAAAAUAAAAAAAGAGUAUGUGUUUUCUAAUUUACAAAGCAUAAAUGAGACUAAGUUUUUGUUGACUCUGAAUUUAGAUAUUUUGGGUAUUAUCUAAAUUCUUGGUGGUGUUCUGUAUUCUAGGAAUUCUAGAAAUCCUGGUAUCCUAGGAAAUGGUACUGAGUAGUUCAACAACUGUGUUCCUUACUCUUUGAAGAGCCCCUUUGAGAAGGAAAGAACCAUUAUUCAGAAUUUUCCUAAAACACUCUUUGAGCAUAUCUGUUUCUAAAAAAAAUCCAUACUGCCUGAAGUUAUGGUCUAAAUUAUUUAGUCUGCUUUUAAAUCUUAUCAUGUCAACACCCAACCUACUUUUCCUGCUUUAUUUCUCCUUAAAUUCUCAAAUGAAACCUUAGCUCCAGCUGAACUUGUCAACUUGCUAUCUCCAAAUUACCUUGUCUUUUCUUGCUUUUCUUUUUUUUUUUUUGGUGUCUUUGUGCCAUUGAUUGUUUGUUACUUGGAAUACCUCUUCCUGGUCUUUUUGUGAGCAAAUCCUACCUGUCUUCCAGUUAAAAAAUCAUAUCCACUUUGAUAUCCCUGGCCAUCCCAGCUAAAACUGAACUUUGCAACUGAAUCCAUUAGCAUUUCUUAUUGGUGCUUAGGCAUUUCUUAAAUACCACUUGGUACUGUUACUUGCAUUAAUUUCCCAAUCCCAUUUUAAACUUAAAAAAAAAAAAGUCUUCUACUUCUCUGUAUCCAUUAAAGCUGCAAGCAUGGAACUCUGCACAGGGUAGGUGUGUAAUAGUUAUUCCUUGAUUUUACAGUGGUAUCACUGGCUCUUUGAGUCCAAGUGUUGCAAUUUUUUGUUUACCAACGAUCCUGGAUAAGGGUCAACAUUUUCCUUACAAUGUGGAAGGGUAAAAAAUUGAUAAUUAUUUCCAUUAUUCAAUGGACAAAAAUGUCCAUUGAUACAGAUAUAAAGAAUUGACAGUAUUUUUCAUUAAAACUAACAUGGUAGCUAAGAGUUGGGUGGUUAGUCUAGGACCCAAACUUAAUUUCAUAUAUGUAUUUCUUUUAAAAGCAUUUCAUGAGGCUUAUUUUGGGGUUGAUAGCAUCUUUCCUUGACCUUACCAGAGGCACAGUUGUCCCUUAUAUUGUUUCACAGCUACUGUUCCUGGAUCCCAGAGAUCUGAAGUGUUUGAUGGUGGAUUAGAUGGGCCAUCAGUCUUUUUGCUCCAGAACAUUUUAGGAGGUCAGAUGGGAUUCAGUGUCAUAGUAUGUGAAGUUGUUUGUGUUCAAAAGUCAGUAUUUUUUUUUUCCUAUUAUUGGAAACAUCAUGACAUCACUUUUCUAACAAAUAUGACGUGGGGUACUUAUUUGACUAAUGGUAGCUGUUUAUGGGGAGGUUUAUCUUCUCUUUGAAUUGCUUAUUUUAAUUUACAGACGUUUGCCAGGACUAAUAUUGCUGAUGAAAUACCUAUUUUUUCUGCAGAAGAGGCUGGUUUUAUUGAUUUAUUUUCCCCGUAAGUGUGGGAAAUCAGAAUCAAAGCUUCCCCUGAUAAAAAGUAAUAGUUUGAGUGUUCAAGGGUAGUAACCAUUUGACUUCAGGUAUUUAAUAUGCAGAGCGGACAAGGAUAUUGCAGCUAUUGCCAUGUGCUCUAUAAUAACCUGGAACAGCAUAUGUUCAGUGCCCAUCACAGAAACCUGGUCACAGGGAAAAGGCAUCGGAUGGGUAGCAGUAGUUUGAUGGAGCGAUUUUUGCAGGAUGUACUGCGGCACCACCCAUAUCAGUGUCAAGAAAGCAGAUCAACACACAAUGAGAGACGUCUUAAGAAUGCUGUGUCACCUGAAGUGGCUUAUUUUGAUGAUUUUAUUCCCGAAGAAACGGUUAAGAACACUACUGGAGUCAGAGGAGAUAUACCUACCAAGAGUUCUGAACCUAUUGAAGAGUUAUAUUCCAGACCUAGCAAAUCUCAGGAAUAUAUAAAGGAUAUUUCAAUUCGACCAUCAGUUAUUCAAAAACUGGAGAAGGGACAGCAGCCUACCUUGGAGUUUGUUCAUAAGAUUGGGAGCAGUAUGAAAGAAUUUAAUCGAGUAGAUGUUCAUCAAGCUACAAAUAAUGGACAAAACUUAACAUGUCCCCCAGUGAUUUCCAAUGCUCCUGCUAGUUGUUUAUCUGAAAGUUCUUAUGAUAGACCAGUUAUAUCUAAUACUACAAGGUUACCACUAGUAACCCAUUUGGAUUCAGUUAACAAAUGUGACCCAAACAUAGUUGACAGAUGCCUUGAAAAACUAGGCAACAGCUCUAGCAAUCCUAUACUAUCAUCCCAUCUAGAAACUUCUUCAGUUUCAUAUCUGAAACCUAAAGAAUCAGCUAGGAAAUCUUUAUCCAUAAAGUCAGGUAAAUUGAUUUUACAGAAAGAUGUAAAAUCUCAGGGUAAUACUUUGUCAACUGGCUUUAAAUUUCAUGAAAUUAUGGGUACUCAGGGCUCCCUAAGAUUGGAAUGUCUCUCCAAAUUAGCGGUAAACUCAGCAGUAAACCUGAAUAAAUUUAAUAUACCUCCUAACAAAGGAAUCUUUGAAAAUGCCAUUCCAAAUAAUCACAAGGAAUUAUUUUCUAAUAUGGAUCAUACCCAAGAAGAAAAGCAUUUGUUUUUUAACAAGUCACCCUUUUUGGAACAGAAGAGCUCAGUGUAUUCUGAAAGGAAGUUUGAUUAUGGCUCUCUUCAGUCAGUGUCUGAUCAACCCCAAGAGGCUGUACAAGACUUAUAUCCUUGGAAGGAGGAGCGAGCUGACCCAGAAGACAAGAACUACGAAUCCAGAGGUUUUGAAAUGAGUUAUGAUUGCAAUUCCUCUUUUCUUUCACUGACUAACCAAUCUAAGGUGACUGCCAAAGAAAUAAACUUCCCAAUGGAAGUACAUGCUGAUCUGCAGUAUAAGACUAAUAAAUCUUGUGCUUCUGAAAGAAGUUCUGAUUGUGAUGGUUCUCUUCGGUUGUUUACUGGCCAAUCUCAAGUGACUGUUAAAGAAAUAAGCCUUCAGAAGGCUGUGCAUAUUAGUCUGGUUGACCAAAGCUAUGACUCUAGUAGUUCUGAAAUUGAUUUUCACUGUGAUACCUCACUUCAGCCAAUCAUUGACCAGGCCCAACAGUCUGUAAAAUAUGUAAGCAUUCCCACAGAGUUGCACACUGGCUUGGUUGAUAAGAACUAUGGAUCUAGUAGUUCUGAAAUAAGUGCUGAUUCUGCUUUCCCACUUCAAGCAGUGGUCGACCGGCUCCCAGUGGCUGUCAAAGAAAUAAAACUUCAGAAGAAAGUUCACACUGGCUUGGUUGAUAAGAACUAUGAAUCAAGUUGUUCUGAAACAAGUUUUGAUUGUGAAUUUUCUUGUCAGUCAGUAGUUGAUCAUCCUCAACUGGCUGUCAAGGGAAGAAACCUAAAGGAUAGGCACGUUGACCUGGAAGAUGAGAACUGUAAGCCCAGUAGUGUUAAAGCAUGUCUUGAUUGUGAUGUCUCUCUUCAGAUAGUAACUGAUGAACCUAAAAGGGCUGUUGAAGAAAUAAACCUUCUGAGAGAGAAGAAUGCUGAACUUGUGGAUAAGAACUGUGAAUAUCCUGGUCCUGAAAUGAGUUUUCACGGUGACAUUCAAUUAAUGGCUGACCAAUCUCAAGUAACAGUUAAAGAGGUAAACUCUCAGGAGUUAGAUAUUGACCUGGAGAAAAACAGUGAUGAACCUAGCAUUUCUGAUCUAAGUUUUGAUUCUCGUGCUUCUCUUUGUCGGUCAGCUAAUGAUCAACCUCAGGGGGCUCUGUAUGAAAUAAAUUUGAAAGAGCUAAAUUAUGACAUGGAAGUUAAAAGCUAUGAUUGCUCCAGUUCUGAGUUGACUUUUGAUUCUGAUCCCCUUGUGUCUAUUACUGAGCAGCCUCAGCUAGAUUUUAAGGAAAUAAAAUAUCACAAUAACCUGCAAGAUAAGAGCUAUGAAUCAAAUAGUUCUGAAAUAACUUUUGAUUCUGAUAUUUCUCUUCAGACAGUAGUUGACCAACCUGAAGUAACUGCUUAUGAGGAGGAAUGUGUUGAUCUGGAAAAUAAAAGUAACGAAUCUUGUGUUUCUGAAAUAACUUUUGAUUCUGAUAUACCUCUUCAUUCAGAUACUGAACAAUCUGAAGUAGCUGUUAAAGAAAUAACCAUUCAGGAAGAAGAGCAUGUACAUUUAGAAAGGGAGAGUGAUGAAUCCACUGGUUCUGAAAUAAGUUUGGAUUCUGAUAGCCCUCUUCCUUCAGUGACUAAUCCUACUGAUGUAGCUAUUAAAGAGCUAAAUCUUCAAAAAGAAAAGCAGCUACACUUAGAAAAUAAGGGAAAUGAACCCAGUGGUUUGGAAUUAAGUUUGUAUUAUGAUAUCACCUUUCAUCCAGUGACUGACUGUUCUGAAGUUUCUAUUAAUGAAAAAAACCUUAAAAAAGAUGGACAAGUGUACUUAGAAAAUAAGGGUAACAAACCUACUGUUUCUGGAAUCAGUUUGGAAUCUUAUAUCCCUCUUCACUUAGUGAUUGAUCAUUCUGACACAGCUGAUAAAGAAAUAAACCUUCAUAAAGAAGAGCAUGCACACUUAGAAAGUAGGGACAAUGGAUCUAGUGUUUCUGAAAUCAGUUUAAAAUCUGAUAUUCCUCUUCAUUUAAUAACUGAUCAUCCUGACAUAGCUGUUAAAGAAAUAAACCAUCAGAAAGAAGAACAUGUACACUUAGAAAACAAAAGUAAUGAAUUUACUGUUUCUGAAACAAGGUUGGAUUCUGAUACCCCUCUUCAGUCAGUGACUUACCAACCUGAAGUAGUGGUUGAAGAAAUAUACCUUCAAAACAAAAAGCAUAAUGACCUAGAAGGUAAAAGUGCUGAACUUGGUGGUUCUGAAGUAAUUUUGAACUCUUAUGUCCCUCAUUAUUUAGUGACUGAACCUCAAAUGUCUGUUAAAAAAAUAAACAUUCAGAAAGCUGAGCACAUCGUUCCAGAAAACAAGAGUGAUAAAUUUAGUGGUUCUGAAAUAGUUUUGAAUUCUUAUGUUCCUCGUUGUUUAGUGACUGAACCUCAAAUACGUGUUAAAAAAAUAAACAUUCAGAAAGAAGAGCAUGUUCUAGAAAAUAAGAGUGAUGAAUGUACUGGUUCUGAAAUAGUUUUGGAUUCUGAUAUCUCUCUUCAGUCACUGACUCAAAAACUUCUAGAGGAUCAUGUUGACCCAGAAGAUGAAAGUACUGAAUCUAGAAGUUUUGAAAUGAGUUUGGAUAUUGAUGCUCCUCUUCAUUUCAUCACUUACCAACCUCAACUAGCUCUUUUGAAAGAAAAGUGUGUUGAUCUGGAAGAUAAGAACAGUGAAUUGAGUAGUUCUAAAAUAAGUUUUUAUUCUGAUGACCCUUGUCAGUCAUUGGCUGAACAAAUUCAAGAAGCUGUUAAAAAAAUAAACUUGUGGAAGGAAGAGGAUAUUGGCCUGGAAAAUAAGAUUGAUGAACCUAAUGGUUCUAAAUUAAUACAUGAUUCUGAUGCUUCUCUUCAGGCUGCAUCUGAGCAACCUGAAGUAGCUGUUAAACAACUAAACCUUGAGAAGGAAGAUCAUGUUUACCUGGAAGAUAAGAACAGCCAAUAUAGUGGUUCUGAAAUGAGUUUGGAUUCUGAUUUCUUGCUUCAGUCAAUAAUUGAUCAACCUGAAAUAACUAUUUUGGAGCAGGAGCAUAUUAAACUAGAAGAUAAGCACAGUCAAUCUUGGGGUUCUGAAAUAAGUUGUGGUUCUGAUGACCCUCUUCAGUCAGUGGCUGACCAGCUUCAGAAAGGUGUUAAAGAAAUAAGUCUUUGGGAGGAUGAAGAAGUUGACAUGCAAGAUAAGAGGGAUAAAUCUGGCAGUUAUGAAAUCAUGUAUGAUUCUGAUGUUCUUCGGUCAGUGGCUGGUCAAACUGAAGAAGUACUUAAGGAGACCAACCUUUGGAAGAAGCAUGUUGACUUGGAAGAUGAGAUCGUCAAACCUAGUGGUUCUAAAAUAAGUUGCGAAUCUGAUAAACCUUUUCAGUCUGUGGCUGAUGAAAUUCAAGAGGCUAUUAAAGAAAUAAAUCUUCUGAGGGAGGAAAAUGUUUGUCUGAAUGACAAGGGUUACGAACUCAAUGAUUCUGAAGUAAUUUAUGCUUCAAAUGUCCCUAUUCAGUCAGUGGUUGAACAAUUACACAUUUUGGAACAGGAACAUGCUAGUUUGGAAGAUAAAAGCAAUGAUCCUUGUGGUCCUGAAAUAAGUUUUGAUUCUGAUGAUCCUCUUCAGUCAGUGGAUGACGAGCUUCAGAAAGCUGUUAAAGAAAUAAGUCUUUGGGAGGAAGACCAUAUUUAUCUGGAAAAUAAGAGCUAUAAACUAGGUGAUUUUGAAGCGGCUUACAAUUCUGAUACUUCUUUUCAUUACGUGGCUGAUCAAUCUCUUGUAGCUGUCAAAGAACUAGGCUUUCAAAAGAAGGAUCAUAAUGACCUAGAAAAUAAGAACUGUAAACCAAAUGCUUCUGAAAUAAAAUUUGAUUCUGGUGUUCAUUUUCAGACAGAUGUUGGCCAGCCUCAAGUGGCUUGCAAAGAAACAAAUAUUCAGAAGGAAAAGCAUCUUGACAUGGAAAAGACCAGUGAACCUAGUGAUUCUGAAAUGAUUUGCAUUUCUGAUGUCCCUCUUCAAAUAGUAGUUAACCAAUGUCAAAUGUCAGUCAAAGAAACAAAUCUUAAUAAGGUGGUAUUUUUGGACCUGGUGACCAGUGAUAGUGAUUGUGAAAUAAUUUCUGAUUCUGAUAUCCCUUUUCAGUCAGUGACUGACCUGCCUCAAAUGACUGUCAAAGAAGUAAACUGUACAAAUGCAGACUGUAUUGAUCUAGAAGAUGAGAGUUGUGACUCUUGUGAUUCCAAAAUAAGAUAUGUUUGUGAAGGCCCUCCUCGAUUAGAGACAAACCAAUCCAAAGAGAUUUUCAAAUUAGUAAACCAGAAAGGAGACUAUAUUAUUCUGCAGGAUUUGAGCUGUGAUCCUUGUGGUUCUGAAAUAGAUUUUGAUGUUAAUGUCUCAUAUCAGUCCAUGACUUACCAAUCACAAGGGCCUGAUAAAAAAAUGGAGAAAUAUAUUAGCUCAGAAGAUAAGAGUUGUGAAUCUAGUGGUCCUAAAAGAAAUUUCAGUGGGGAAGACUCUUCUCAGUCAGUGACUGACCAGCUGCAAAAAGCUACCAAAGAAGUGAACCUUCAAAAGAACCUGGAAGACUCUGGCCUGGAAAAUAAGAGCUGUGAAUCUAGUGCCUCUACAGUGGAUUAUGAUGCCUCCCCUGAGUCAGUGAUCCAUGAAAUAGCUGAUAAAGAAAACUCUUUGAAGUUAAAACAUACAGAUCUAGAAAGUAUGAGCUGUGAAUCUUGUGGUCCUGAGAUGAAUUUACAACACGAUCCCCCUCUUCAAUGUGAUAGUGACCAGUCUAAAGAAGCUGUUAAUAAAAUAGGCCUAUUUGAGAAGAUAUCCUUUGACCUGAAAGAUAACCAUGCCUCCCAUUCAAGCUCUGUUUCCAUGGUUAAUCCUGUAAGCAACCUGGAGAAAGCAACAGGGGUCACAGAAGAUAAUCCUGAUGAACCAGUUCUUGGAGACUUGCCUCAUGUCCCUCCCUCAUUUGUAGGGAAAACAUGGUCUCAGAUAAUGAGAGAAGAUGAUAUAAAAAUAAAUGCUCUUGUGAAGGAAUUCAAGAAAGGUCGUUUCCACUGUUACUUUGAUGAUGACUGUGAGAUCAGGAAAAUUAAAAAAAAUAAUUUGAAUGAAGAAAAAAAGAUUACCUGGGCUGACCUUAACCAGAAAACUGCAUCAGUUCAAGUGCCGUCAUAUUGUGAUGAUAUUGCAGGUGAUAUUUUGGAUAUUGAUGACUUUUCGAUGGCCUUAGAUAAACCAUGUCUUCAUUCUCAAGCAAAGAGGCCUUAUAAACAAAAAAGGCUCAUGGCUUCUCGAUGCCAGACUGUGAAAGUCAGCCAUGGAACUCAAACCAAUUUUAUUAGUUACCCAGUGAUGAAAAGAGAAAUAAUUAGACAAGAGGAAGACUCACCAAAAAGGAAGUAUUUACAUUUACAAAAUGACAAAAUAACAAAAAAAAUAAAAAUUGAAACAAUUGAAUUUCCUGAAUCGUGUGCUGAAGUCUUGAAACCUUUGCAUCCCAGUGCCUUAGUCUAUGUUCUUUCUUCUCCAGAUAGUAAACUGAAGGAAGAUGAAUCCCUCAACUUCUCUAAAAUGGAGCAAAAUAGUUGGGAGAAUAUACAGUACCAAUGUCAGCAGAGUUCUUUUAAGUAUUAUGACCCAUUGACUAAGCACAUUGUAACUGAUCCUCCAAACACAGUAGUACCAGAAGCUGACAGUGAUAACUGGGUUAAAAUUCAUUUCAACAGGAACAACCUAGACUCCAGUACAGAUGAUAAUGAUGCUCACGUACGAAGCUCUGCUUUAGCAUCUUUUAUGGCUGUUCCAGUAAGGUAUGGGUUAAAGUCACAUCAGGGGGCCAGUGGAUCUUCUGUGUUUCUAGAGAAACCAGAGAUUUUGAAUUCUAGUGAAGUACCAAAGGAAAGUAAUAUUCACUUAACUCUUUUAAAUCAUGAUGCUGUCCAAAUCUCUGCAAAAUCAGUUGGAAAUGAGUUUUUAGAGACUAAAAGUAAAAAGAAAAUGUGGAAAAGGAAGGUAACAAUUAAUAAUAAACCAGGUUUUCCUAAAAAGAUUCUUAAACCAAUUAUUCUCCAGCAAAAAACCAGAAUUGCUUCAGAAGAACAACCAAUCUGGAUUAGGACUAAACCAAGUGAUGUAAUUAGAAAGUAUAUUCCAAAAUACUCUGCUUUUUUACAUCAUAGAUUUCAAUCCAGGAGCAAUUUUAUUGGAAUGCAUCUGAAGAAGAAAAAAUCUGAUGUCAGAAGGCUAAAGAAUGUGAAGAGACCAGCCAAAACAGUUUUGAACUCCUCAGUUCCAUCAGCUGGUCCUGAAGAGCAGUUAGGAGCUCUAUUGAGCUCUGCUCCAAAGCAACCUGCGCAGGAUUCUUCUUCCUGUGUUUCGGGAAGGAAGAUGAAUGGUAGUAACAAUCGCCGUAAGACACAAAAACAGACUUCUAAACCUGUUAAAAUAUAUGCUUUGAGAAGUUUAUCUUCUCAGAUACCACAAUCUGAUAGAAUAAGGACUCGGCUGUCAAACAAAUUGAGAGGUAAUAAGGUAAACUAGAAGUUUUUGUGUUAAAGCUGGUUGAGAAUUCAGUAUUUCAGCUGAAAUAUAUUGGGUACUUAGUGCACAUAGCUUUCCCAACUUUGGAGGGAAAACUAACCUUGAACUAUUUUGCUAUAGAUAUUAUUUUUCAGAACUUUUAUAUUCAUUUGAAAUCAGUGCUUAAGAUCCUAUUUAUUUUCUUUUCUAAGUCUCGGAAGCCCUUUGUCCAUUUUCAGUAGAAGAGCUUCAUCUUAGUUUAUAUCAUAGUGUAAUGUAGUACAGUAUAUAAAAUUUUGUCUCUUAACUCAUGGACUUCUUGUUUAUUUUUUGUGAUUGCAUCUCUCCUGCCAGCAGGUUAUAACACUUAGAGAAUGUAUAUAGCAAACUUAUUAAAUGCUAUCUUAUCUUUUAAAAAUUGGAACAAAUGAAUAUAUACCUACAUCCUGUGUGUUUCAGAGUGGCAUUGUCAAUAUAGUAUUCUUACUGGAAAAUCAAAAAGAAUAACUAUAAUAAAUUACCUCAACUUUUGACUGGAGUUGACUUACCAAAAACCCAUUGCUGUCGAGUUGAUUCUGACUCGUAGCGACUCUAUAGGACAGAGUAGAACUGCCCUAUAGGGUUUCCAAGGAGUGGCUGGUGGAUUCAAACUGCUGACCUUUCUGUUAGCAGCCGAAUUCUUAACCACAGAGCCACCAGGGCUCUGAGGUUGACUUAAGUGAUCAUAAACGAAAGAUAACUUAUUUUUCUUUUAAAUUCUAUGGAAUGAGAUUCCAUAAUCUGUAAUCAUUUGGACACAUGCGCACAUACAAUCUCUGCAGGUUUUCCUUUAGCAUUGUUACAUUUUAAGAAGAAAAUGAGCUUGCCAGUGUGAUUAUUCUUUUCUGCCACGUUUACUCCCCUCCACAUGAAGAGUUGGUGGUUUGAUAUAAAAAUCCAGGUUAUUUUAUGGCCUUAUCUCUUAAAAAUAUUUUAGACAUUAGCAUAAAAUUUCUUAAUAGCUUGAACUGAAAUUAUUGGUUUUGGUAAUAUUAUUUGGGCAGGCCAUUAAUUGUUAUUAAUAAAUUAUUAAGUCUUAAUAUUUCAAAAGAUUGAAUAAAACUGUUAAUGUAAAUGGAAGCCCAUUUUACAAGUGACAAACGAUGUAUUUUUAUAUUAGUUGGGUUUUCCUUAAACUGCUAGCUGAUUUUAAUAGUUCAAAUAAAAGGUAUUAAAAUAGGCAGUUUAAGUCUGGGGUAAUCAGAAUAUAUUUAGAUCUUUUAUUCAGGGACACUGGUUGAGCUAUUACAGAUGCAUCCAAUUUCCUGUUAAGAUCCUGGACCACUUUCUGUCAUUAAUAUUAGGAGGAAGCAUGGGUUUCAACUAUAUUGUACAACUACUGGCUUUUAUUGAAACUAGGAUCAAUGGUAAGCUGUAUCAAGAUUUCAGAGGUAUAAAAAUAUGUUGUCUUAGAGUUGAUGAAAUAUAGUGUAACAGUUGGUUUCUAAACAUUGUUUUACUUCAGGAGCCAUUAUUUAACCUGGGUUUGUUAUGAGAGUGUUAUGUUGUAAUUUCUUUAUUUCUAAAUUUAAACAGUAAUUAUGUUGAAAAAAUGAGUAAAUGUAUUUUUACUCACAAAGCAACAUAUAUAAAGUCGUCUUCAACCUUUCUCCUCAUUAUAAACAUUUUAAUUUCCUUUUUAAAGUAUCACCGUGGACCACUAGUUCAAAAUAAUCCUCCAAUUUUAAUUUUGGAGAAAAACUGCCCUACUGACUAGGAAUUAAACAAAUAACUAGUAUAUAAAAUGUAUUCUGUUUGUGGGUAUUGGUGUCUUUUUUUCCUAUGAAAUAGAUACAUAAUUCCCUUAAGUACUAUUAAUUGACAUUCUAUAUGCUUUUAGCAUAAGUUUAAAAGCAAAACCCAAAUCAGUUGCUGUUAAGCCCAUUCCAACUCAUGGUGACCCCAUGUGUGUCAGAGCAGAACUGUACUCCAUAGGGUUUCCAAUGGCUGAUUUUUCAGAAUUAGAUCGCGAGGACUUUCUCCUGAGGUGCCUCUGAGUUUUUAAAACAAGAGAAUGUAUACAAAUAAUCGAUGUAAAAGAUCUAUUGUUAUUAUGUCAUACAGAAUGGAUAGUUCUUAUAAUUCAAGUGAUCAAAAAUGUUAAAUUAAAAAACUUCUGCUACCUUUUUA